UAGCUAGCUCGCUGUCUUUCGUCAGAAGAACCAUGAUCUCACCUUCUGAACAGUUAUUGACUCCAGUAUUGCUUCUCUCUCUCCUUCUCCAAAUAUGCGUUUCCCUAGACAUCAUAACGCCGGACGAGCCUCUUAAAGACGGUGACAUCCUCGUCUCCCACCGAGAAACGUUUGCACUUGGGUUUUUCAGUCCUGCAAAUUCUAGCCGUCGUUACGUCGGGAUUUGGUAUAACAAAGUGCCACUAAAAACGGUUGUUUGGGUCGCUAACAGAGACGACCCUCUCGACGACACUGCCGGUAUACUCUCCAUCGACGGUCAUGGAAACCUCGUCCUCACCGAGACGAACCGAAGCAUCCCUAUCUGGUCUACCAACGCUUCUGUUGUCUCCACGAAACGUUCCAUGGUUAGGCUCUUGGACACCGGGAACCUCGUUUUGGUUUAUCAAGAAACCCAGAGCCUUAUAUGGCAGAGCUUUGACUUUCCGACCGACACUUUGCUUCCGUUCAUGAAACUCGGGCUCGAUCGCCGGACUGGGCUGAACAGGUUCCUGACAUCUUGGAAGUCCAAGGAUGACCCGGGAACCGGCAACUGUACCUAUGCGAUUGAUCCAACCGGGUAUCCGCAGCUGUUCUUAUACGAGGAUGGGGCUCCUUUGUGGCGGGGCGGAUCUUGGACCGGAAAAAGAUGGAGCGGCGUACCCGAAAUGACACAGAAUUACAUCUUCAACGUCAGCUACGUGGAUAAUCAAGAUGAGAUCACCAUUGAAUACGGUGUCACUGUUCCUAACGUUUUCACUAGAAUGAUGGUGGAGGAACCUGGGGUCGUGGAGCGGUCUACCUGGUUCGAGACUGGGUGGGUCCGGUUUUGGUCCGCCCCGAAAGAGAAGUGCGAUAACUACCAAGAAUGCGGUCCAAAUAGUUACUGUGACCCGAACAACUUGGAAAAGUUCGAGUGCACGUGCUUGCCCGGGUUUGAACCCAAGUCGGCCCGUGAUUGGUUCCUGAGAGAUGGGUCGGGCGGGUGCGUGAUGAAUGUGUCCACGUGCAACAGCGGAGAAGGGUUCGUGAAGCUUGCACGUGUGAAGGUGCCGAAUACCUGGAUAGCACGUGCGGACAUGAGUCUGUCGUUGAAAGAGUGCGAGCAACAGUGCUUGAAUAAUUGUACAUGUACGGCAUACACCAAUGCAGACGAGACAAAGGGAGCGAUUGGGUGCCUUACAUGGCACGGCAACUUGGUGGACACGAGAGUUUAUACCAAUGGAGGACAAUAUUUAUAUCUACGCGUGGACGCAGCCACUUUAGCUCAAUAUGCAAAGAAGAAUGGUCUUCUUCAGAAAAAGGGAAAGCUGGCGAUUCUUGUGAUUUCUGUUGCAGUAAUACUGCUUAUUGUGGCUUCUAUUGUGUAUUGGUUCAUAAUGAGGAAGAUAAAGGAGAAAAGACAAAGCAAGUAUACUUUUAGCAUUACCACCGCUGCAGCAAGCUUGGAAGAAUCUUCAACUAGAAGGGAGCUCGAUGGAAGUACGAGAAAUUCAGAUUUACAAUUCUUUGAACUAAGUAAGAUAGUUGCAGCCACGGAUAACUUCUCUGUUUCUAACAAGCUAGGAGAAGGUGGUUUUGGAUCAGUGUACAAGGGUUGCUUAUACAAUGGAAAUGAAAUAGCAGUGAAAAGACUAUCAAAGUACUCCGGACAAGGCAUAGAAGAGUUCAAGAAUGAAGUUGCAAUCAUUGCUAAACUUCAACACAGAAACCUUGUGAGGAUUCUGGGUUAUUGCGUUCAAGGAGAAGAAAAGAUGUUAAUCUAUGAGUACUUGCCAAAUAGAAGCUUGGACACUUUCAUUUUUGAUGAAACAAAAAGGUCAUUGUUAGAUUGGGGCAAAUGCUUCGAGAUUAUUUGUGGGAUUGCUCGAGGGAUCUUAUAUCUUCAUCAAGACUCAAGAUUAAGGAUUAUCCACAGAGAUCUAAAGGCCAGCAAUGUUCUACUUGACAAUGCAAUGCAUCCAAAAAUUGCGGAUUUUGGUAUGGCUAGAAUUGUUGGAGGGGAGUCAGGGGACCAAAUUGAAGCAAAUACAAAUCGUGUAGUUGGAACAUAUGGUUAUAUGUCUCCGGAGUAUGCGAUGCGUGGACUAUUUUCAGUGAAGUCAGAUGUAUACAGCUUUGGGGUUUUGCUACUGGAGAUUAUCUUCGGCAAAAGGAACAGUACUUAUUAUCAUGAUGAUCCCUCCUCAAACUUGAUUGGGCAUGUUUGGGAGUUAUGGAAAGAAGGCAAAGCCAUGGAAAUAGUUGAUUCAUCACUGGUUGACAAAACCCCUGAUAAUGAAGUUGCAAGAUGCGUUCAAAUUGGGCUUUUGUGUGUUCAAGAAUAUGCAACAGAUCGGCCGAACAUGUCAGCAGUUGUUGCAAUGUUGGGUAAUGACACACCUCUUCCUUCUCCAAAACAACCUGCAUUUGUUUUGAAGGGUAUUAGCCAAGGGAAAGACGCAUCAACUAGCGAAGGAGCCAUGUCUGUCAAUGAAGUAACAGUUUCUUUGAUUCACGGUCGUUAAAAGUCGAAUUCUGUUCGGUGCAAUGUAUUGAUAUGAAGUUAGUGUUAGUAGGGUCUUUGUUUUCAAAAAAGAAAAUGUAAGCCCUAAAAAUAAAAGAAAAUCUCUUAACUUUAAGUCGUGCAGGGGUGUGUGAGGUUGGGUGUGUGCGUGCGAGUAUGUGGGGGUGUGUGUUAAUAUACCCUUACUUAAAAACUAGUAUGUGGGGGUGUGUGUGUGAAUAUACCCUUACUUAAAAACUAGUACAUAAGCUAAAUGUUUAC